AUCGCUGGGUAAGGGCAUUCUGCCUUGUGAUAAUAUUGGACCAAGGCUUGAACAACGAUGGGUAGAGCUUCCCAUCGCUGUUUGGCAUGGUUCUGGAAGUUGGUUUGGCUAAGGGGCUACUUACCCAUCGAUGGGAUGUUCUUCCCAUCGCUGGGUGGGUGCAAGAAAGCACUUUUGGCAUUAAAGCAUUAAACACCCAUGGAAACAUGAUCAAGUUACAUAUACAUGAUACAUGCAUGUGAGCAUACAAAUCAUAAAGCAUAUUAUUAUACAAAUCGCCACUACCCCAUACUUUCCACUUUUGCUUCCUUUUUUCAAAGUUCAAAAAGCUAAGGUAGUCCUCAUACACCUCAAAAACCCCCCAUAAUAAACACACUUGGUGAGAGAUGUGAUUCAAAACUAAAGAUAGCCAAAAGAUUUCAACAAGGAGAGAGAGAGAGGGAAUAAGCCACACAAUGAAUGUGAGAGAGAGCAAGAGGCCUAUAUGCCCUUAUGCCAAUGCAUCAAAAGACCUCUUAGUUUGCCUUCCUUCAAGAUCACAUUUAACCCUUAUGCCCAAAGGUCCUAAACCCAUUUGUAGCCCGGCCAGGCUCUUACAGGCCAGCAAACGCAACCACCACCACCGUAAGAAGUUGUUAGCAUUGCGAUCCGGAGGGAGCGAGCAAGCCUCCGAGAUUGCCGAGCCAACAUCUCCUAAAGUCACUUGUGCCGGACAGAUCAAGGUCCGGCCAGGCCGGCCUGCCAGUUCAGGUAAGAACUGGCAGGCCGUCAUGGAGGAGAUAGAGAAGCUGCACGAAAGACGCCAUACUUACAAGGGCUCAUCGCCGUCCUCCCCCCUCUGGUUCAAGAAGGACGUGAUGCAAUUCUUCGCGUGCCUGCGUGGCGUACGCUUCGACUUUCGUUGCUUUGGCGCGUUCCCCUCUUCUGCCACCUCUGAUGACGAGGACGACGACGACGGCGACGACGAAGAAGAAGAAGAAGAAGACACUGGCACACAGAACACUGAUGAUGGAGGCGAGGCAAAACCCGAAGAAAGAGCCAUGUUCUCUAAAUGGUUCAUGGUCUUGGAAGAACCCCAGAACCCGGAAGCCAGCUCCGCAGAAGAAGAACGCGGAAAAGCUUCCGGGGCGGAUUGUGGCAUGGUCCCGCCACGCAACGCUCUCUUGCUCAUGCGGUGCCGCUCGGCUCCGCCUAAGAGCUGGCUAGAAGAGAAGGUGGGUGAUGAUGUCUAUGAUGAUCAUGAAGAAGAAGUUGGAGAUGAGAGUUCAUCAAAAACAAUGGCUGAAAUGUAUGAGGGAGAAAGCUUAGUUGAGACGAGAUAUGGGAAGAAAUUAUGCACAAUCUCUACAGAUAUUGUAAAGGAGACUUGGGUUGUUGAAGGAAUCACAAAAGAUCCACUGUCAAGAAGUAGAAGUUGGAAGAGGUGAUCUUGCAAAGGUCAAUGCUUUUUUUGACCUGGAAAUUGGUGGUUUGGUUUUUUUCCUUUAAAGUCUUUCUUAAAACACAAAAAAAAAUACUCCCUAUCUGAAUUUGUGUGUUAAUUAUUAUUUUUUAAAAAUUGCCAAUAAUAUUUCGAAUUUGUG